AUGACCAGACCCGAACCGUCCAGAAACAGUCCAACGCGCGGGGAACGUAUAACGCGCUACGAUCAACCACACCAACGGGUCGAACAUGCCGGGAAUCGGGGUGUGCGUAUUUUCACCGGCAGUGAGAAACAGUCGAAAGUGUUCUGCAAUCCGGUGAUCUUCAAUCAAGAUGCAACCCGUAUCCAACCAUACCAGGAGAACGAUUGGGAGAACAACGAAACGACACCAAACUAUGUGGCAGAUCGUGUGGUGAAUGGAUCGGAUCGAAAUGGUACUGGAGGAUACGAUGUGCGACGAUCGGUGUUGGAAAAUGCGCUCAACAUUGCUUUUCUGGCCGCCAACUCGAAUCAGCUGCGGCUGCUGAGCACCACCAACACGGAGCGACAGGAAACGGUCUCGUAUCAGGCCAUCUUUGCGCUGCUGGUAGUGUCGCUGAUACUUCAAAUUCUUAACUGCGUUGCCAUGCUGAUGAUGUCGACGUACACCAUUCAGCGUUGGCCACUGCUGCGAACCCUGGCCUGCAUUGCUGCUACCGUAAUUGCGCUGGUGAAUUUGGUCGUCGUAACGAUGCUGAAUGUUUUGCUUGAAACAUAA